UACGCUCAAGUAAAUUUUUUUUUUAAAAUUAAUUUAAUUGGCGCGCUGGAACUUUUGCAUAAAGUAGAAGCAAUUAUUUAGGUGCACAGAAAUAUUUUCGAAAAAUGGGGAUGAUAAGUGCUUUGCGUGGAAUUUUCGUAUUCAUAUUGAUAGGAAAAUAUCUGAUUGCAGCUACGGCAAUAGAAUGUCCAGAUUUGGUAGAUGCGGACACCUUAUCACAAACGCAACUCAUCGAACGUUUAACACAUGGGUGCCGUUAUGACCGGCUGGAACGCCCAAUAUCUUAUGUGGAUAUGACGCGACUACCUGUGAAAGUCUAUGUACGUGCCUAUAUAUAUUUUCUGCAGAAUUUGGAGGCACAUGAUUUGCAGUUUAAAAUACAUGCUUUAUUGCAAUUUCGUUUCAUGGAUCCACGUCUUUCAUUUCGUAAAGUGGCACCGAAACGGCGACAACCUAUACUGGGUGAGAAACAGUUAAGAGAUACAUUAUGGAUUCCACAUAUAUUUCUGGCGAAUGAACGUGACUCAAGUAUUCUAGGUACCAGUGAGAAGGAUAUAUUGACUUCAAUAUCACCGGAUGGCACUGUAAUUGUUUCUUCCCGCAUAAAGGCGACGCUACAUUGCUGGAUGAAUUUACAGAAGUUUCCUUUUGAUGCACAGCACUGUUCUACUGUGCUUGAAAGUUGGAUGUAUAAUACAUCUGAACUUGUGUUGAAUUGGGAACAGAAACGACCAAUAACAUUUGAUCCUGCCCUGCAUCUGACGGAAUAUGUGCUGCAUGGUGUUGUGGCAAAUGAAACAAUUAUCAAUGCCGAUUUAAGUGAUCUGCGUCAUGGUGCCUUUGCAGGAAAUUAUAGUUCACUCAGUUUUACAAUGCAUCUAUCACGUGAAGUUGGUUUUUAUAUAAUGGAUUACUUUCUACCUUCCAUAUUGAUCGUGAGCAUUUCGUGGGUUUCAUUCUGGUUGCAGGCCGACCAAUCCGCACCACGUAUAACGUUGGGCACUGCCACUUUAUUAACAUUUAUAACAUUGGCAUCAGCACAAGGAAAAACUUUACCCAAAGUCAGUUAUAUUAAAGUAUCGGAGGUUUGGUUCUUGGGUUGUACAAUUUUCAUUUUUGGCAGUUUGGUGGAGUUUGCAUUCGUCAAUUCAAUUUGGAGACGCAAACAAAACGUAGAUGUCAAAAAACUUAAUAGCAGAAAUAUAUUAAAGUCCACUUUAUCACCACGUCCCUCAAGGCACAGCUCUCUCCGCUCUCAAUCAUUUUCAGUUGCAAACACUAGCUCAAGUUCCAAGGCCUUAAACACUUCUUAUGAGUCAUAUUUACAGCGUGGCGAGAAGUACAAUAAUUACAUGACUGUACACAAUUUUCCAAUAACCACCAUCAAGGAACAUGACGAGAAGAAGGAUAUCAGUGUCGUGAGUAGUAACAUUAAACGGAACUACUUGAGUGCGACAAAUGAGAGCCAGUUAUUAAAUGAUAUAAGCACUGUGGAAUUGGCUAUUAAUAAUAGCGACGAAGGUAGUAAUCAUGCUGGUUGGACUACAUUGACGCCACAGGAAAUCUCUAUGUGGAUCGAUUCUAAGGCGCGUUUUCUAUUUCCAGUAACUUUUUUAGUUUUUAAUAUGUUCUUUUGGGUUUUUGUAUAUGUUGUGUAAAUAUUAUAAA